AAUUUUGAGCUACUGAUCAAAACAAAUUAAUGAUUUUUCAUUAUCGUUUAGUGAAAAUAAAACAAGCAAUUCAGUAAUGAGUGGCAGUGCACGUGACCAACAAGUUGAGUGCUUAAAAUUUGAAUACACAGGGGAUAAAAAUUUUUACCCAGGGCAACCUUUUCAACACAGAAUUGAAAUACCUGUUGGUUGUGACACGACAAGGUACGCAGAUUAUCUGAAGGCACUGCAAUUUAUCAACACUAGAAAAAACGAAAUUCCAAGAGACCUAUUGUCACAUCUUGGUCACGAAAACCCUGUUUCAUUAUAUGUUGCAAAUGGACGAAAGGUAUACAAAGUGCAAUGCCCUUUCCUUGUGUGCAACUACAUGGGUGACAGAAUUGACAGACAUUUGGAAGCUGUCCACCGUGUGAAACGGAGACUUGUGUUUGUAUAUCGUAUAUCGAAUUUUAUAUCGAAUCUUCUUGAUAUAUUUUUCUUUCUUCGCCUUAGGUAUUACGACAGGGUUGAUACACACUUCCGUCGAGUGCAUGGUGUUACUGAUGCGCAAAUAAAAGAAGGUUUGAGAGUUGCGCAAAAGAUUUCAAGAAAUUUUAACAAAUAUUACCCAAUUUCGUUGCGAACAUUGAUGUACACGCUGGCGUCAAACAAAGUAAGAGCCUUUUCUAUAUGUACCGCACGACAUUCUCCGUGUGUAUGGGUUGGUUAA